AUGGCGCCGACGUCCGUCGCUCCCGCGGGGGAAGCAGAAACCACACUUAAAAUGUCAGCAGCUCCUGGAGCGAACGGAGCUGCUGCUAGUGGAAAUGGUAUUCGUCCUAUUGAAGAUGACGGCGAUGAGAACGAUGAAGGCGAAGAUGACGUUGCGGGCGACGGUGCCGGAACAGGCGAGGGCAAGAAGAAGAAGAAAAAGAAGAAAUCAAAGAAGAAGAAGGUGGAACAGACGGAUCCUCCGCGAGUCGGACUGUCCAAACUCUUUCCUAGCGGGGUCUACCCUGAAGGAGAGCUGCAGCCCUACAAAGACGACAACACCUACCGAACCACCUCGGAGGAACUCAGGUACAAGGAGAAGAUUGAAAUGGAAGAUCCUGAGAAGACGUACAACGACAUCCGUCGGGCAGCUGAGGUGCAUCGUCAAGUCAGGCAGCGAGCCCGGCAGUACAUCCACCCUGGCUUGACCAUGACGGAGAUCGCAAACUACAUCGAGGACGGAACUCGUGCUUUGGUUGAGGAGAACGGUCUCGAGAGUGGUAUUGGCUUCCCGACCGGGUUGAGUCUGAACCACUGUGCUGCCCAUUACACGCCAAAUGCCGGCGAUAGCAACGUGCUACAGCAGGGCGACGUCUUGAAAGUCGACAUCGGCGUCCAUGUGAACGGAAGGAUUUGCGAUUCUGCAUUCACGCUAAACUUCGACCCAACGUACGACAAGCUCAUUGAGGCCGUUAAGGCGGCUACAGACACUGGCGUUCGGGAAGCUGGAAUUGAUGUGAGGCUUGGCGAGUUGGCUGGAUACAUCCAAGAGACUAUGGAGUCUUACGAAGUGGAAGUUGGAGGUAAGAUCCUUCCAGUCAAAUCGAUUGAGAAUUUGAGUGGACAUUCAAUCAACAAGUACCAAAUCCACGGUGGCAAAUCGGUGAUGCUGGUAAAGAAUAAUGACCAAACGAAAAUGGAAGAGGGGGAUUACUUUGCUAUUGAGACUUUCGGUUCUACAGGACGAGGUCGGAUAGUCGAAUCCGGCGAAUGCUCGCAUUACGCGCAGCGAGUUGAUGCCCCCCAUGUCCCACUUCGUAGCACCGGAACCAAUUGGUCUAGACUUACAUCCGCGAAGUCGCUUCUGAGGUCGAUCAAUAAGAACUUUGGAACACUUCCGUUCUGUCGACGGUACCUCGACCGCGCUGGGGAGAGCAAGUACCUGCUGGCGCUGAACCACCUUGUGGCACAAGGGAUCGUGCAAGAUUAUCCGCCCCUAUGCGACCAGCGGGGCUCGAUGACAGCACAAUUUGUAGGUCUCCACGACAAUUUCCAUCCGCUGGAGCUGAGCAUUUCUGACCACGCGCAGGAGCAUACGAUUCUACUGCGGCCGACUGUGAAGGAGGUUGUGAGCCGGGGCGACGACUACUGA